UGCCUCGUGAAAUGUGUUUACUAUUGGUAGCUAUGUAGCGUACACUUCACUGCUGCGCGAACCGUGUAUUUCACGUAGGGGACGACCACCUUCCUGCAUUGGUAACUUCAACAACAGGCCUUUUUCGUCGCUCUCUCCACUCGUUUCAUUCUAUCGCUGACGUGUUGAAAAGGAUACCGCCCAGCUUCGAAAUGGUUGGUAUGAAAGGGCUUCCACAGCCGUAUAACUUGAAUCCGAAGAAAACAUCAUGGCUUACAACACCACAGAAGAGACUACUGUUUUAUGCACUUGCGCUCUUCUCCAUUGGCUUCAUCAUAUACUCAUCGAUACCGCCAAGGGACCAACCAACGGAGAUUAUCAUCGACACUGAGAAGAUCAGCGGCGGUAAGCUGAAACGAGUUGGUGAUGGCCUCGACAACGUUGGCGAUGACACCGGUGCUGUCGUUUCCAGGGCUGUACAGAAGGACAGUAACAACUCGCCAUUGUUGUGAGGAAGACAAUAGAAACACAGGUAUCUAAAGAUGAUCUUUAUAUAUUAAGUACUUGACAUAA